UUAGUCGUGUUCUACAAAAGAAAAAUAAGUUUUCCCAAACAAUUUUACAGCUCGCUGUGUCUUGUAAUGUCAGAAGAUUAAGACUAAUAAACGCGGAUUUGUGAAAUUCCUUCAAAUUAAGAGAUAAUUUAAUUACACAACGACCGAUUAGAUAAAAUAACAAACAUUGUAAAGUGCUAGUUUCUUCGUGAUCUCGUGAAAUGUUGGCGCAAAAAAAUGAAGUUUCCUCUCUUCAGAUCAGUGAAACUCCCCCAAAACCAAAAAAUCUCAUCGGUGUCAGACACUUCCAGUUCGUGUUAAUGUUCUUCUCAAUUUUGAUUUCAUUCGCUAUACGAACGUCGCUAUCAGUCUCAAUUAUUUCAAUGACGGCCAAGACACCGCCCGACCCUAGCAUACCGACAUACCCUGGGUGGAACAACGUUGAUUUAAUCCUCUCCUCAUUUUUCUGGGGCUACAUAAUCCCACAGAUUGGUGCCGGCCAACUAAGCGAGUUUUUCGGCCCUAAGUGGUUCCUGGUCGGUACCAUGAUCAUUGGUUCCCUUGCCAACAUCGCCAUACCGCCUCUAGCGGCAACUUUGGGCCCUUCUGGGGUGAUAACAUGUCGUGUCAUCCAGGGCCUAACUCAGGGUUUCCUCUACCCUUCAAUCCUCAAUCUCAUAAGCCGAUGGGCGCCCUUAUUCGAAAGGGCCCGAAUUUCGAAUUUUGUCUACGGGAGUAAUAGUCUAGGGAUGGCAAUUGCUAUGCCCUUGACCGGUGUUAUAGCCGGUUCGGAUUUAGGGUGGCCUGUAGCUUUCUACAUUUUCGGCGGUUUGGGGAUAAUUUGGGCCCUUAUUUUUGCGGUUUUUGCCCAAAACUCACCCUCAGACCAUGGGGGGAUUUCGCAAGAGGAGAAAGAAUACAUAAUGCGGAGCAAUUUUGUCACAACAGAAAAGAAAAAAGUGCCAACGCCGUGGUCAAAAAUUGCGACUUCGCGCCCAGUGUGGGCCGUUUUAUUGGCGUCCAUUGCCCAGUGCUUUGGUUAUUUCACCCUAAUGGCCGAAAUGCCCACUUAUAUGAGCCACAUGUUGAAGUUUGACAUCAAUUCUCACAGUGAAUUGGCAGCGUUGCCCUAUUUGGGCAACUUUUUUUUGGGCCUUUUUGUCUCACCUUUGGCCGAUUUGCUCGUAACCAAGAAAAUCUGUUCGAUUAGCACAGUUAGGAAAAUUUUUAAUGGUUUGGCGGCUUUUGUGCCAGGUGCGGCUUUAACUUACCUGGCUUUUCUCGAAAAUUUUACCGAAGCUCUAGUCACCACGUUUCUGGUCAUUGCGUGUAGUUUUUCGUCUUUUAUUUAUUCAGGUUAUAUUGUUAAUAUUAUUGACUUUGCCCCAAACCAUUCUGGGACCAUUAUGGGCAUGGCUAACUGCAUCGGGAAUGUUUUUUCGAUUUUGGGGCCCAUAACGGUGGGACUUUUUGGCGAGGAUAAAAAUGACCCGCUUUUGUGGAGGAAGGUUUUUCUUCUAGCGGCUGGAAUUUACGGCGGUUGUGGACUGUUUUAUGUCGUUUUUGCCUCUGCGGAAGUACAAAGUUGGAACGAGCCAGAGGAUGAAGAAAAAAACGAAAAUCAUUGUACAAAGCAUUUCUUUGGCGUACGACACGUCCAAAUCGGGUUGAUGUUCUUCUCGAUUAUAAUUCUUUACGCACAGAGAACGUCCAUGUCAGUUGCUAUCAUCGCAAUGACCGACGAGACGCCCCCAAGCCCGAACAUACCCACGUACCCAAAAUGGGACAAUACCGACACAAUUUUAUCGUCGUUUUUUUGGGGGUACGUUGUCCCACAAGUUGUUGCAGGCCAAUUGGGCGAAUAUUUCGGCCCCAAAUGGUUCCUCUUCACCACCAUGACCAUUGGUUCCAUUUUCAAUAUUUUGAUACCAACAAUGGCCGAAGUUAUGGGACCCACUGGGGUUAUAAUAUGUCGGGUGGUGCAAGGCUUGAACCAAGGUUUUCUCUACCCAUCCACAAACAAUUUGAUUAGUAAAUGGACCCCAUUGUACGAACGGUCACGAGUUUCAAGUUUUGUGUUCGGUGGUUCAAAUGUUGGUAUUAUCUUGUCUAUGAUUUUUACGGGGGCCCUUUCGGGCUCUAGCUGGGGUUGGCCUUCGGCGUUUUACAUUUAUGGGGCUGUUGGUAUUUUAUGGGCCAUUAUUUUCGUAAUUUUCGUGGCCAAUUCCCCAGCGCUUCACCCAAGUAUUUCAGAUGAGGAAAGAGAAUACAUCGAAAGUAGCAAUUCGUGUGAUAGUGGUGAAAAAAAGAAAGUACCAACACCUUGGAAAAAAAUCGCAACGUCACUGCCCGUCUGGGCCAUUUUGGUGACGUCCUGUGGGAACAGAUGGGGCGGGUUCACCCUCCUGACGGAAAUCCCCACCUACAUGAGCAAUGUCAUGGGCUUUGAUAUCAAAUCUAAUAGUCAACUAUCGGCCCUCCCGUACCUUGCCACGUUUAUCGUAGCUAUGGCAAGUGCCCCAAUUGCCGAUAAAUUAAUUUCAAAUAAAGUUCUUACGAUUGGAACAACUCGUAAAAUUUUCAAUUCUAUGGGUUGUCUAAUACCAGCAGCUGCCUUGUUCAGCCUUGGUUUUAUCGACAGUUCGCAGAAGGAUUUAGGGACCGUUUUGCUAGUUAUUGCUGUUGGUGCUUGUGGCUUGGACUUUUCCGGAGCUUUGGUAAAUUUGGUAGACUUGGCUCCUAACCAUGCUGGUACUUUGUUGGGUAUUACCAACGGUACGUCCACGGUUUUCUCGAUUUUGGGGCCAUUGUCAGUACAGUUUUUUGGAAGUGAUAAGAAAGACCCGAUUUUGUGGAGGAAGGUGUUUUGGUUAACGGCUGGGAUUUACGUCGGUUGUGGCAUUUUCUACGCAAUCUUUUGUUCAGGAGAGUUACAGGAGUGGAAUGGAGGGGCCGAGAAAGAGGAGAGAAAAGAAUCUGGAAGUAGUACAAAUAAAGUGAAAAGUCUUGUGUAAUUUUUUUAUUAUUGUGAUAAAGUUAAGAA